AUGCCUUCUCUCCAUCUCGGCAGCAAAGCACCCGAUUUCACAGCCGACACUACCCACGGACGUAUCCACCUGCACGAGUACAUCGGCAACAGCUGGACAAUGCUCUUCAGCCAUCCAGACGAUUAUACGCCAGUGUGCACGACAGAAAUAGGUGCUUUGUCUAAAAUAGCCACAGAGUUCACCGAUAGACGCGUUAAAUUGCUGGGUUUGUCCAUCAACGACCUCGCCUCCCAUCACGGCUGGAUUGGAGACAUAAACGAGCUAUACGAUACACAAGUACCCUUCCCGAUAAUCUCAGAUGCGCAGAGAAACGUGGCGGGAUUGUACGAUAUGCUCGACCAACUAGAUGUUACUAAUGUAGACACUCACGGUGCUCCACUCACAGUGCGCUCAGUCUUCGUCAUCGAUCCCACUCAGACGAUUAGAAUGAUGCUCACCUACCCGGCUAGCACUGGCAGGAACUGGUCUGAGAUACUCAGGGCAAUUGACAGUCUCCAGCUGGGUGAUAAUUAUCGCGUCACUACCCCCGCUAAUUGGAACAAGGGCGAUAGCGUCAUCGUUCACCCAUCACUCACCAACGACGACGCCGAAAAGUCAUUUGGGAAUUUGGAUUAUAAAAAACCUUAUCUCAGAAUGACACGCGAUCCCUCCACCACGACAUCUACUUGUACUCGAUAA